AUGAGUACCCCGACCAAGCGUCGCAAGAAGAAUGAUGGCUCCAGCCAGCCUGUCCGCAGCCUGGACUACUUCUUCGCGAAGCAGAAGCAGGAUGCGGCGAAACCGACAAGGGAGGCGGAUGUCAAGGUUAUAGAGGCCAGCGAUACUCCGAAUGGCGAGCAAGACACAUCCACUCUUACGGACGAGGAGCUUGCGCGGAAGUUGCAGGCAGAGUGGAACGAACAAGACCAGCAAGCAAGCGCCAAAGCACCCACCUCCAGCGAUCUCUACGACAAGCCCGAGAAGGCUGUGGAGCCAGCGACGAAUCUAGCGAUAAAUCUAGCGACAAAUGGCGAUGCAAUCGGAAACCAGGGCACGCGCACUCCACCCAACGACGAUGACAAGCUUGCCGCGGAGGUUUCCAUCAAUGCAGCACCCAGGAAGAACACGCUCUCGCUCCAGUCUGCCGCCGCUGCCGAAGACACGGUUUCCGCGAACAUACCCUUCGACGAAAGCCCCCUCGAGUUCGAUCCGUCUACCUACAUAUCGGACUUGCAGACACACUGGGCAGCAGAGGGUGGCCACGCGACAUACGCGCUGCUUACGCGCUGCUUCGUGCUCGUCAACAGCACCACGAGUCGCAUCAAGAUUGUGGAUACGCUCGUCAAUCUGCUACGAACAAUAAUUGAGGGCGAUCCGGAGAGUCUGCUUCCUGCAGUGUGGCUAGCGACGAACGCCAUCUCACCGCCGUACAUCGACCUCGAACUGGGACUGGGCGGAUCAGCUAUCUCCAAGGCUUUGAAGAAGGUCUGUGGGUUGGACAACGCGGGUCUGAAGACUCUGCACAACAAAUACGGCGAUCCGGGCGACGUGGCCUUCGAGGCAAAGAAGCGGCAGUCGUUCACGCUGCGGAAGCCGAAGCCGCUCACCAUCAGGAGCGUGUUUGAUUCGCUCGUCAAGAUUGCGAAUAGCAAGGGACAUGGCAGCGUGGAGAACAAACAGAGGAUCGUGGAAAGGCUUGUUCAGGACGCGAGAGGCGCAGAGGAGAGUCGAUACAUUGUAAGAACUCUAGUACAGCAUUUGAGAAUUGGUGCUGUCAAGACGACCAUGCUCAUUGCUCUCUCGCGAGCUUUCAUGCUCUCCAAGCCUCCAAAUGCUGAGUUCGAGACCCGCGAUCGGAAGGCUUUGCAAAAGCUGAAGAAGGAAGAUUUGGCUGAGAUCUAUGCAAGGAACGAAGAGAUCGUCAAAGCCUGCUUUGCCCGGCGUCCUAACUACACCGACCUCAUCCCAUCACUCCUCGAGAUUGGUGUCUGCGACGAACUCCUCGUGCGAUGCGGCUUAGCCCUACAUAUACCCCUACGUCCCAUGUUGGGAUCGAUAACGCGCGACUUGGGUGAGAUGCUCACCAAAUUGCAGAGUCGAGAUUUCAGUUGCGAGUACAAAUACGACGGGCAGAGGGCGCAAGUGCAUUGUGAUGAACACGGCAAGGUGACGAUCUUCUCACGGCAUUUAGAGGUCAUGACGGACAAGUAUCCAGAUCUGGUCGCUCUAGUGCCUAAGAUACGCGGUGAAGGUGUAUCAAGCUUCGUUCUAGAAGGCGAAGUCGUAGCUAUCGACCGCGAGUCUGGCGAUCUGAAGACGUUCCAGACGCUAGCAAACCGGGCAAGAAAAGACGUGGUCAUAGGCAGCGUCACCAUCGACGUAUGCCUUUUCUCCUUCGACCUCAUGUAUCUUAACGGCGAGGAACUGCUCAAUCGACCCUUCCGGGAGCGCAGAAACCUGCUUCGGAGUCUCUUCGUGGAGAUACCACAUCACUUUACGUGGGUCAAGAGCCUCGACGCCACCUCUGCCGAUGUAGAGACUGUGCAAGCCUUCUUCAAGAGCGCUCUCGACAUCAAAUGCGAAGGCAUCAUGGUCAAAGUCCUCGACAACCUGCCCAAUCCCGAUCUACAAGCUGACCUCGACUUACCUCCCGAUGCCGCCUCCGAGCCCCCUACCCCGAAGAAAAAGGGCCGGCCCAAAUCGAAGGCCUCAAAAGCCACAAGCACGUCCGAUGCCGCACCAGAGGAGCCCUCCAAGCCCUCACACGGCCGUCGCAAAGCCCUCCUCUCCACCUACGAGCCGGACAAACGCCUCGACUCCUGGCUCAAAGUGAAAAAGGACUACAACACCACCUCCGAGACCCUCGACCUUAUCCCCAUCGCUGCCUUCCACGGCUCGGGCCGCAAAGCCGCGUGGUGGUCGCCCAUCCUGCUCGCAAUCCGCAACGCCGAGACCGGGCAGCUGGAAGCCGUCACCAAGUGUAUGAGCGGCUUCACUGACGCCUUCUACAAAGCCAACCGCGCAAAGUACGACAAGGACGACCCAGAGUGCACGAAUGUGCUGUUUAGCGGGAAACCGAGCUAUGUCGAGUACAAUGGCGGGGCCGGGACGCCGGAUGUCUGGUUCGAGCCACAGGAAGUGUGGGAAGUCGCGUUUGCCGACUUGACGCUCAGUCCGACGUACACGGCUGCGAUCGGGCUAGUGAGCGAGGAGAGGGGGCUGAGCACCAGAUUUCCAAGGUUCCUGAAGGUGAGGGAGGAUAAGGGGAUUGAUGAGGCGACCGAGGCGGGAUACCUCGCUGAGCUGUACAGGAAGCAGGAGGCGAGGGCGCCAGCGGAGAACAAAGGAAAUGAGGCUGAGGAAGGCGACGAGGAAUAA